AUGGCAAAUAUCACAGUAGCCAAUUCAUCGCUGGAAGACCUGGACUACAAGCCCUAUCUCACCACACUAUACGUGUCAGCUUUCCUUCUCUCACUCUUCUCCCCUAUCACAGUUGUCAGCAAUACUCUCCUCUUGAUGGCGAUCUACAGAGAUCCUUUUAAAUCCUUUCGGACACCAGUCACCUACUUUAUUAUAAGUUUGGCACUUGUUGACCUCGUGACAGGUCUGAUUGUUGAGCCUCUCUUCGCCGUCUACUACUUCGCUUGCCAUUUCUACCAAACGUUCCAUCCAGGCAAACAAUUUGAAUACCUGUUCACUACAAGCGCAUUCCUGUCCGUUAUUAUGCUAAGCUCUUCGUUUUUUCUGGUCCUGGCUUUAACUACAACGCAAUACAUUGCCAUCACCUUCCCUCAUAGAUACAAGGUGCUAUUCACCAAGAGGCGGGUUCUUGUUGCAGUGUGUUGUCAUUUUGUCUAUUUCGCCAUCUUCAGCUCCUUGCAGUAUACGAAAAUCCCAACAGAUACCUAUUUGAGGAUAAAUCUUCACCUUCACCCAACUGUUGUUGGCGUCCUACUGACUGUGGCGCACAUUUUCCUGUACAAAUCAUUCCGAAGGUUUUCCCAAAGGUCUAAGGCGUUCCGCGAGCGAAGUUCUUUGAGUCGAUCCAUGCAUCAGUGCUCAGAAGGGGCACAAGGUAGUAAGAACGAAGCAAAACAUCAGAAGCAACUAACGGUUGUGGCGCUCAUGUUAUCUGCCCUGCUACUUUUGUGUUCCUUUCCACACAUCGUCUCAUUUUACAUUUACCUCUAUACCAAGCCUAUGUCGUGGGACUUUCUGCUCAAGAUCAGCAUUGUUCUUCGUGUGAGCGACGUGAUCAUGUUCUUUAAGGUUGCCCUAGAUGCUUAUAUUUACGCAUGGAGACAUCCCAAAUACAGGAAAGCAGUAAAAGAUGCAUUACUGUGUUAUAGAAGCCGAGAAGCUGUCACAAGAGACAGAGAGACAGAACAUGAGAUGAUCGCUACCGGAUAUUGA